CCCGCGAGAACACCAGCCCAGCUCCAGCUCUUCGUCCCUUCCACCCUCUGCUCAGCGCUUCUCCUCACCCAUACCGGCGCAAUGCCGUUCAAGAAGGGCGGCGGUCACCACAAGGGCCGCAAAUCAAGCACGCGCAUCAGUCUCCCUGCGACAAGGACUCCUACACCCCGAGUGGAUGACGACAACGAAGACGAAGAAAUGGCCGAUCAGGACGAAAUUCAGUACGAUGCGCCCGAACCUGAUGCCGACGAGGAUGAAGCCGAAGACGCUGCUACCCCUGCCGCAGACGAGGACGACGAUGACGACGAUGACGAUGCGCCGCGAAUCACUACAAUACCACGACGGAGAGCGAAAGCCGCGCGGCGAGCAUCGCGCAGAGGCGGCGACGACAAUACCCCGGAACCUGGCGACGAUGGCAGCGAUGUGGGCACUCCGCAAAGGAGGCGGCGCGGACGACCGACAACAGGCAGCUCGAGAAGAACAGGAGGCUUUCGUGGGCGGCGAAAAGGUCAAAAAGACGAAGGCCCAAAGACCAUUAUGGACAAGAAUGGCACGGUACUGGAGGUGAUUGACGAUGAAGCGCAAGUCGACUGGGAUCCCGAAGGAGAAGAGAAGGUUGAUGCGCUCGGCUUCCUCAAAGGAGGCAGGGAGUACCGCGUCCGUACCUUCACAAUCAUGGGCAAAGGCGAGAGGCAAUACAUGUUGAGCACCGAGCCCGCAAGAUGUUGUGGCUUCCGCGACAGCUACCUUUUCUUCACGAAGCAUCCGAAGCUGUACAAGGUCGUGAUUGGCGAGGACGAAAAGAGGGAUCUAAUCGAGCGCACCAUCCUGCCGAGCAGCUACAAGGGUCGCACCAUAGGAGUGGUUGCCGCCCGAUCAGUAUUCCGAGAGUUUGGCGCAAGGAUAAUUGUGGGCGGAAAGAGAAUCAUCGAUGACUACCGCGUUGCAGAUGCCCGAGCGGAAGGCGCAGUGGAAGGCGAGCUAGCGGAUCCUGACGACUAUGUUCCGGACAAGCGCGAAGAGUACAAUCGCAAUCGGUACGUCGCCUGGUUCGGCGCCAGCGAUGUGUAUAAGCAAGGAGGCUCAACUGUGCCGAACAAACAAGGACCGAUUGGAAAGCGCCGAAACAAUAUUACGCGAGAGAAUUGGCAGUUCAUGCAUGCACGAGACGCAAGUCGCUUCAACUCGACGCUUACAGCACACCGCGCCCUGAACCAGAAUGGCGUUUACGACUUCAACACGAACGCGAUGUUCUACCCGAAGAUUAUGCAGCCUACGCAUGCGAAAUGGGAGUACAUACCGCCUGGUGCAGACGAACCUCAAAAUGGAGCGCUCACGAAUGGCCUCACAAACGGACAUGCGAAUGGUGACUCGAGCUCCACAGAACACGACACGGAGAGUACGAUCUUCACGCCUGUGCCUCCUGUGAUUUCCCGGAAUUUCAAAGUCAUAGAUACAGUAUACUCCGCACCCCCAAUAUCUCAUGCUGGGUAUCCCGGGCCCGACGGCCAUGUGGAGGAUCCGACGUCUGGACCGAACGGACUGUCGAGUAUAGCGCAGGAGCUCGUAGACGAAUUGCCGCCUGAGUGCAGAGCAGCGUUCGAGGAAGCACGCGCUAAGGAGAUCGGCUGGAAGAAGCAGUGGGGCACCGAGACCGACAGUGCUCAUCGCGGGCAUCUAAAGAUCGGCUUUAAUGGGUAUCCUGUUUGAUGUUAUCAGGGCGUUAGGCGAAUGAGGCGUUUUGCGAGUAUCUGUGGCAAGGAGGUAAGAGCCACCUGGACUGGGUCUGAUGUCCUACAAAAGGCUGCGACUACUUUUCUGGGUUCGCUUUUAUUUUGAAUUUGCGCCAUGCGCGCUGAAGAACGUGUAUGGGGUUGUAGGAGAUGCAAGUAACAGACUUAGAGAGGACAUCAGAUCUAAGUAGUGGGAAUAAGAAGAACUCGAAACGCCGCCGCUUCACGACGAAUGGAGCGCAGCCUGAAGCCGGA